UUGUCUUAAAUGUCACAUGAUGGAAGCUUCGUCGAUGCUUGAUUGAACAGCUGUGUCGUAUUCAGCUCACUCGAAUCCAGAACGUUGAUGAAGAAAAGUCUAUGGAUGCCAAUCUCUGGACCGUAGUUUUUAUCCAAAAGAGGGACAUUAUUUGUGGGCUGCAUUUCGCAAAAGCUAACUUUGAUUUUGUUUAAUCAGUGAAGCUUCAUAGACUAGCCAUAUCCACAAAGGCUGUCGCUUCCCAACUGCUGGCGCCAGGCUGAAGUGGAGUGCGCAACGAGUAUUGUGUCCUGUUGUAGGGCACUAAGUGCGCGACACAUCCACUGCUUCUCCGCGAGUCAACUGUAGACAAGUGUAGAGCGACACGAGAGGAACAGUAUUGUAAGAAAAAUAGCGCUUUCAUCGGCGAGACUUAUUUGUGAAGCUCCUCUUUCUGCCGGCGGCGCCCCCUGCAGUUGUGGAUGUGGUAUGACCCUGUGUGGCAGGAAGGUGUUGACGGUGCUAAGCAGCGUAUUCGCUGUGUGCGCACUGGGCCUGCUGGGCAUCGCUGUCAGUACUGACUACUGGCUCUAUCUGGAGGAGGGCGUCAUCCUGCCCCUCAACCAGAGCACUGAGUUACGCAUGUCCCUGCACUCGGGCCUCUGGAGGGUCUGCUUCACAGCUGGAGAUGAAAAGGGCCGUUGUUUCACCAUUGAGUAUGUGAUGCCCACGAACGUGCAGCUGACGUCGGAGUCUACAGUUAGUGUGCUGAAGAUGAUCCGUUCAGCCACUCCUUUCCCUCUGGUUAGUCUCUUCUUCUUGUUCAUUGGUUUUGUCCUGAGCAACAUCGGUCAUAUCCGGCCCCACCGCACCAUCCUGGCCUUCAUCUCCGGAAUCUUCUUCAUCCUCUCAGGUCUGUCUCUGGUGGUGGGCCUGGUGUUGUACAUCUCCAGUAUUAAUGAUGAGAUGUUGAACAGGACCAAGACCAACGAGGCCUACUUCAGUUACCAGUACGGCUGGUCCUUCGCUUUCGCUGCCAUCUCCUUCCUGCUAACUGAGACGGCCGGCGUAAUGUCCGUCUACCUGUUCAUGAAGCGCUACACGGCCGAGGAGAUGUACAGACCCCACCCGGGCUUAUACGGGCCGCGCCACAGCAACUGCUCCGACUACUCUGGUCAGUUCCUCCACCCGGACACCUGGGACCAGCACGGCCGCAGCCCCUCCAGCAUCUCCAGCGAAGCCUCGCUCCAGAUGAACCACUCCCUCCACUCCAACUACCCAGCGCUCCUCAAGUGUCCCGAGUAUGACCGCAUGUCCUCCUCCCCAUGCUGAGGCCUGCGUGAAGCCCUGGAGCCUGGGCAGCGGGUUGCACACACAUCCCCAGGAAGGAAGAGUCUGGCUGGGUUGCUGAGGUGGUAGACAAGGUUGGUCGGUCUGGAGGGUGAUUGAGAGGGCUGAUGGCGCCUAGGUUGUGUUUUGUGAGAGGGGGGGGGGGGGCGUAUCUUUUUCCAUGUGUGUGACGACCUCUUUUGAAGUCCUCUUGUAGUGCAGUUUUCUGAAUUUUGACACAUUUGGGAGAUGGCGACCCCCACAGCCAACCUUCCAUCUCUGGUUUUACUCAAAGUACAGUAGAAGUAGUGAUUCUCAAUCAGACCUUGUUCACCUUCGCCAUACAGUACGUUCUUCAUCUUGGUCAAUAUAGAAGCCGAUAUCUCCCCGGUAACCCACAUAGGACUUCUGUCAACUGUAUAACUUGUAAGAUAAUAUACUAUAAGUGGGUAGAUUGAAAGUGAAAAGUUUUCCUCUCUUUAUUUUGACUAUGUGGUUUAAUCAUCCCGUCAGAGAGCAGGAGGUUUAUUACAAGUACUUUAUCAAUUUGAUUCUUUUUUCAUCUUCCAUCUCACGCUCAGUACUGUUAAUAAAGACAGAGAUAAAGUUUGUAUAUUUUUGAAUGGAAAGAAACCAUGAAGCUUCUACUACAUCCAUGGAGUCCAAAUGAAGUCCCUGCAGAAUUACAGUAUGUACAUAAUGCAGUGAAAAGGGGAGAAUAAAGGGAUGAUGAAGCUAAAGGAGAGAGAAAAGAGAAUAGUGUGUGUAUAGCCUCAGAACAUGGUUUGAUAGUCAUUGAGACCAUCAGAUAUGGAGAGCCAGUUUGAAUGUAAUGUAGCUGAUGAAGAAUGCAAAGUUGAUAUAAGCUAAUCCUGAUUUUGCUGUUAAUAGUGCACCAGGCACACACAUACUACUGGUCAAAAGUUUUAGAACACCUCCUCAUUCAAGUGUUUUUCUUUAUUAUUACUAUUUUCUACAUGUAACACAUGUAAUCAUGUAGUAACCAAAAUAUUUUAUAUUUGAGAUUCUUCAAAUAGCCACCCUUUGCUGAUGACCGCUUUGGACACUCUUGGUAUUCUCUCAACCAGCUUCACCUGGAAUAAUUUCCAAACGUCUUGAAGGAGUUCUGACAUAUGCUGAGCACUUGUUGGCUGUUUUUCCUUCACUCUGUGGUCCGACUCAUCCCAAACAUCUCAAUUUGGUUGAGGUCGGGGGAUUGUGGAGGCCAGGUCAUCUGAUGCAGCACUCCAUCACUCUCCUUCUUGUUCAAAUAGUCCUUACACAGCCUGGAGGUGUGUUGGGUCAUUGUCCUGUUGAAAAACAAAUUAUAGUCCCACUAAGCCCAAACCAGAUUGGAUGGCGUAUCGCUGCAGAAUGCUGUGGUAGCCAUGCCGGUUAAGUGUGCCUUGAAUUCUAAAUAAAUCACAGGCCGUGUCACCAGCAAAGCACACCAUAACACCACCACCUCCGUGCUUUAUGGUGGGAAAUUCACAUACGGAGAUCAUCCGUUCACCCACACUGCGUCUCACAAAGACACGGCGGUUGGAACCAAAAAUCUCCCAUUUGGACUCCAGACCAAAGGACAAAUUUCCACCGGUCUAAUGUCCAUUCCUCCUGUUUCUUGGUCCAAGCAAGUCUCUUCUUCUUAUUGGUGUCCUUUAGUAGUGGUUUCUUUGCAGCAAUUCGACCAUGAAGGCCUGAUUCACACAGUCUCCUCUGAACACUUGAUGUUUAGAUGUCUGUUACUUGAACUCUGUGAAGCAUUUAUUUGGGCUGUAAUUUCUGAGGCUGGUAACUCUAAUGAACUUAUCCUCUGCAGCAGAGGUAACUCUGGAUCUUCCAUUCCUGUGGCGGUCCUCAUGAGCGCCAGUUUCAUCAUAGCGCUUGAUGGUUUUUGUGACUGCACUUCAAGAAACUUUCGAAGUUCUUGAAAUGUUCCCUAUUGACUGACCUUCACGUCUUAAAGUAAUGAACUGUCGUCUCUCUUUGCUUAUUUGAGCUGUUCUUGACAUAAUUGAGAGAAUGCCAAGAGUGUGCAAAGCUAUCAUCAAGGAAAAGGGUGGCUUUUUGAAGAAUCUCAAAUAUAAAAUAUAUUUUGUUUAACACUUUUGGUUACCACAUGAUUCCAUAUGUGUUAUUUCAUUGUUUUGAUGUCUUCACUAUUAUUCUACAAUGUAGAAAAUAUUAUAAAUAAAGAAAAACCCUUGAAUGAGUAGGUGUUCUAAAACUUUUGACAGGUAGUGUACCUGUACAAGAAUACUACUUUUUGGCAAUGGAGUAUAUCACUGGAAAUGUAAAAUGUAUAUUUAAAACAAGUUUUCUAUCAGAUUUCAUAUGCAUAGUUACAUAGGGGGGGGGCAGGUAGCCUAGUGGUUAGAGCAUUGGGCUAGUAACCGAAAUGUUGCUAGAUGGAAUCCCCGAGCUGACAAGGUAAAAAUCUGUCGUUCUGCCCCUGAACAAGGCAGUUACCCCACUGUUCCUAGGCCGUCAUUGUAAAUAAGAAUGUGUUCUUAACUGGCUUGCCUAGUUAAAUAAAAAAUAAAUAAAUGCAAGCUCUUUGGCUUUGGAUUGUGUGUGUCCAAAAUGGCACCCCAUGGCCCUGGCCAAAAGUAGUUUGCUAUGUAGGGAAUAGGGUGCCAUUAGGAAUUUGACAUUAAGGAGAUACCCUGUUAGAAAAAAAAUCUUACUGUGUUAAAUGUGACCAACUUGAAAAUACAUCUUGUCUCAUAUACGUUAUAUAUUUAAGCUAUAGUAUUUAUGCCAUAGUAAGACCUCAUUAAUUGUUCAAUCUUUGUACAUUUAAAAGUCAAUUAUCAAUUUAGAGGACAACUAUUGUCGAUGUUCAAUGUUGCGACCGAUGUUGGUUAUUGUUAUUUAUUAACAAUGUUACGUUUUUUCUUGAUCGGUGGUCUAAUUGACAGCCUAGAAGUUUCUACCCACAGUGCGCAAAUUGCAAAGGGGGGAAAAAAGAGAAUAGCAAAAAAAAGGACAAGGGUAUUGGAGUGGAGAAGCGUGUGGCUAAAUCUAACAACAUCCGAUAGUGUUAUGGUUGUUCAACAUUUCUACAUUGGAGAUAAUAAUGAUAAAAUACAUAUGGCAUGUUUCCACUUGAUAGCUUUCUUCAGUUUGAAGGAUAAGUCGUAUAUUUUGAGAAAAAAUACAAAUGUUAAAACUGUCAAACAAAUAUGAAAUAUCUCACAUUGUCAAACACUAUUUGAGUUGUUUCUUCAGAUUAGAACAGUCUUCUCAAUAUUUGUUGCUUUCUAUUGGUGUUAACACUGUAUAUGUUUAAUCAUAAACAUGUACAUGGACUGAAAACUUGUAUAUAGACUAUUACAUGUGUAAAUUAUAAUCAUCUGGAUGUUCUACUCAUUUGUAGCCAUGGUAAUCCAUAGAACCAUUCAUCUAUGCAGUAUAUCUAUUAUGCCUGUGGUUAUAGCUGCUUUGCCUCUUGCAUCGCCUAUUCAAAAUGUGAGAUUUUGCAUUUGUUGUAAUACGCAUAAUAUUUUAGAAAAUAUUCAAGUCCGAGAAGAAGUCAUUGGAGAUGUUGAAAUGUAUUUUUUUACGAAGAGUAAUUUUCAUGAUGUUCAAUGUGUAUACUGUAUUAUAUCUCUGUUGAAAAUAAAUAAAUAAAAACUGCUGUAUUUGAUGAAGUA